CGUGGCAGGAUCUGCUCUCCUACUGAGGGCCGCGGGUCGCCGGCGACGUGGUGCGCGCGCCCCGCUGCUGCCGCCACCCCGAGAGCACGGGGUGGGGGGAGGGGGCAAGGGUGGGGAGGAGGAGAAGGAGAAGAAGGAGGAGGGGCACAGAGCAGCGAGCCCGGCGGCUCCCGCCGCCUCAGUCCCACCAUGAUCAAAGCCAUCCUCAUCUUCAACAACCACGGCAAGCCACGGCUCUCCAAGUUCUACCAGCGCUAUAGUGAAGAUACACAGCAACAAAUUAUCAGAGAAACUUUCCAUCUGGUAUCAAAACGUGAUGAAAAUGUCUGUAAUUUCCUAGAAGGAGGACUAUUAAUAGGUGGAUCUGAUAAUAAACUGAUUUACCGACACUAUGCCACCUUGUAUUUUGUCUUCUGUGUGGAUUCUUCAGAAAGUGAGCUCGGCAUUUUAGACCUCAUACAAGUAUUUGUGGAAACACUAGACAAAUGUUUUGAAAAUGUCUGUGAACUGGACUUAAUUUUCCAUGUAGAUAAGGUCCAUAACAUACUGGCCGAAAUGGUCAUGGGUGGAAUGGUUUUGGAGACCAACAUGAAUGAAAUUGUUACUCAGAUUGAUGCUCAAAAUAAACUGGAGAAAUCUGAGGCUGGUUUAGCUGGAGCUCCAGCCCGGGCUGUUUCAGCUGUAAAGAAUAUGAACCUGCCAGAGAUCCCAAGAAAUAUUAAUAUUGGUGACAUCAGUAUAAAAGUGCCAAACCUACCCUCUUUUAAAUAACAUGGCCACUCCAGGUAAAACCAAGGAAGAAGUGUAAUAGAGAUUUACCGCUUACUUGUUUACUAAAUAAGCACCGUGUCUAACUUUUGCUGUUUGGAUAAAACUCAAGGUACUGUUUAGACAUACUUUAAAAAAAAA